AUGUCACUACCUCAAAUCCCUUCUUCUCUUCCCCAACACUCGCAACAAUUUGAGCUCAGCCAAGAAACCAGAGACCUAAUAUCCACGCUUCCUGCUGAGAAAGGAUUGAUUUCAGGUCAUUUACAUCAGUACCAGGGCUUUUGGUACCCCACUAUGCAUAUCCAAAAAGUUUUAGCCUCCCAAAAACACUUUCAAGCUCAAGAUACUGAUAUCCUUCUCGCUACUACUCCCAAAUCAGGCACCACUUGGCUCAAGGCAAUUCUGUUUGCGCUAGUAAAGCGAGUGCACUAUCAUCCAGACCCACAAAACAUGGACCACCCUUUGCUCACAAACAACCCUCAUGUUCUUGUGCCCUUCUUGGAGAAUAAGCAUUUCGGUAAGAACCAGAUUCCUGACCCCACCUCUUAUGCUCCUCCCAGGCUCUUUUCAACUCACUUACCACUAGCGCAUCUGCCACAAUCUGUUAAAGACUCUGCUUGCAAGGUUGUCUAUCUGUGUAGAAACCCUAAGGACAUAAUAGUUUCACUUUGGCACUUCACAAACAGAGUGAGACACAAGAGUAUGGGAACCAAUUCACUUGAAGAAGUUUUCGAAUACUUCUGCAGGGGAGUGAGUGGGUAUGGACCCUUUUGGGAUCAUGUGUUGGGCUAUUGGAAGGAAUGUAUGUCUUGUUUCAAAUCAGAUAUUUUUACUGCUAGUGAUGGAAAGAUGAGGCUAAAGGCGAUGUUCAACUCACAUCUAAGUUCUUAUGCUAUCUCUGGGAGUAUUCAGAACUUGGGCCUCAUUCGUCUUCUUGAUUACACUUUUAAUGACAUUCCAAACAUGCCCGAUUAG